AUGGGUCGAGAGGAUCAUAGGUAUGAGACCUACGCCUCUCAGCAUGGACGCGAUCAGCAACGAGAGAUGCUCAAUGGGCUUUUAUGGACAUUCCACGAGAACUUCGACACGUCACGAAAAAUUCUGGCAGCUGUCGAGCGGAUAAGCACACUUGUGACUUUUAUGUUCGUAAUUCUGGUCGCUUUUUCGAUUGUUUUCAUCGGUGGAACGUGUUAUUUCUAUUGUAAAAAAGAGAGCCCGAGAACGAGGCUCUCCGAUUCACCAGCGAGCCAAGGGGACUCCGAU